UCUGAGCUUCAGUCUCUUUUGUAUCUUCGAUAAAACAAAUACUCAUUAAUAAAAAAAAAAAAAAAAAUCAAAAUUUUUAGUGUUAACCAUGGUAUCUGUUAAGUGGUUAGUGCUUGUGUUCACCCUUCUAGUUGUUGAUCACUCUUAUGCUCAUGGUAUUUUGGGCGAUAUUAUAAAUUCACAUCGAGAGCGUGCAAGAGAAAAGCUUGCAAGUUUGGAUCAUUUUGGAUUAUUCGGUGGAACAGGAAAACAUAAUGAUGCCGCCGCGAGUGCAUCAUCUGAAUCAAAGAGUUUAGGAACAUCCUUUAAUCUUGGACCAAUUGGAUUUAGUACAUCGUUAACAUCAUCAUCAGCAAAAGCACAAGCUGGAGCUGGUGGAGGAUCGGCCACAGCGAAUGCAAAUUCCAAUGCUCAAACUGGAGGACACGGUGGUUCCGGAGGUUACGCCGAUGGUAAUUCCAAUGCUCAAGCUUCUGCCAAUGCCAAUGCUGCAGCUCAAGGAUAUAAUAAACCAGGGGGUUAUAAUUCCGAAAACGGAGGGUUGAUAGUUCAACAAUUACCAAAUCCAAAUUAUGCAGGAUCCUCAAAUGCAAAUGCUAAUGCUGAUGCAAUCGCAAAUACACAUGGAAAUUACAAUACAAAACCUGUAGGGCAUCAUAAUUCUGAAAAUGGAGGUUUAAUUGUUCAACAAUUACCAAAUUCUAAUGCUAAUGCUGAUGCAAAUGCAAAUACACAUGGAAAUUAUAAUACAAAACCUGUAGGGCAUCAUAAUUCUGGAAAUGGAGGUUUAAUUGUUCAGCAAUUACCAAAUACAAAUAAUUAUGGAGGAUCUGCAAAUGCAGAUGCCAAUGCAAAUGCCAAUGGAAAUUAUAAUACAAAACCUGGAGGUUAUCAUAAUUCUGGAAAUGGAGGAUUAAUUGUCCAACAGUUACCAAAUACAAAUACAAAUGCUAAUUCAUUUAAUAAAAACACUGGUGGAAAUUAUCCAGUGAAUAAAGGUCCAGACGAUACGAUUCUCGUAGUCGUGGAAGAGGUUCCUCAUGGACCAAAUAGACAACAAACUAAUAAUAACCAAGCACAAUUUUUUCCACAUUCUCAACAAAAACCGUCUCAACCUAUUAUUGUUGUUAUUGAAGAAAAACCAACCAAACACCAAGGUGGGUAUGGUCAUGGUGGAUAUGGACAUGGUGGAGGUUACGGACACGGUCAUGGAGGAUACGGUCAUGGAUAUGGAAACAAUGGUGGAUACGGUUUCCAAACUGGUGGACAUGGUGGUUCAAAUACCAAUGGGAAUUACUAUAAUCAAGGUGGAUUACCAGGUGGAGUUUAUCAACAACCAGGAUAUCAAUUAGUUGGUCCACUUCAAGUAUCCGGCGGUGGUUCUUCAAAUGCACAUGCUAAUGCCAAUGCAGGUGCUUCAAAUGUUGGUCAAGGGUACUAUGGUAAUUAUGGACCACAAAAUUAUGGUCCUCAAAGUGGAUGGUAUGGUGGAUCGAAUUCGAAUUCUAAAGCUGAUGCCAAUGCUCAUGCACAAGGAGGUGGCAAUCAACCAUCAGGAUAUUAUCAACCAGGUGCACCGAUCCAAGUUUAUGGUGGUGGUUCUUCUAAUGCUAAAGCUAAUGCCAAUGCUCAGGCUCAAGGAGGUAGUAAUCAACCAUCAGGAUAUUAUCAACCAGGUGCACCGAUCCAAGUUUAUGGUGGUGGUUCUUCUAAUGCUAAAGCUAAUGCCAAUGCUCAGGCUCAAGGAGGUGGUAAUCAACCAUCAGGAUAUUAUCAACCAGGUGCACCGAUCCAAGUUUAUGGUGGUGGUUCUUCUAAUGCUAAUGCCAAUGCUCAAGCACAAGGAGGUGCGAAUCAACCGUCAGCUUAUUAUCAACCAGGUUCUCCUAUUCAAGUUUUUGGAGGUGGUUCCUCGAAUGCUAAAGCUGAUGCUAAUGCCAAUGCUGGUGGAUAUGGUGGAAACGGAGGAUCUAAUGCAAAUUCCAACACUAAUGCCAAUGCUGGUGGUUACGGUUUCCAUAAUAACGAAAUUCCUUCAUAUCAAGGUGGCGGUCAAUCAUCAGCAAAUGCAAAUGCAAAUGCCUCAGGUUCAUCUUACGGUUUUGGAAAUGGAAAUGCAAAUGCAAAAGCUGAUGCUUCAAGCAAUGCUAAUUCUGGAGGUUUCGGUGGUAAUAUUGGAUCAAAAAGUUCCGCUUCAGCAUCGGCUACAAUUGAUACAAGAGAUGGAUUAAUUUUCGCUGACUGAUUUUUUAAAUAUUUAUUGUGAUUUAUACCAUAUAUACAGAUUCAUAAAGUACUGAGAUGUGAGAGAAAAAGCUUAAUGUUGAAAGAGAUUUUGUGAUUUCUUCUAAAUGCCAUUUGCCGUUUUUUUUUUUUGAUCUGAUCGAUCUUCAUACCUAUUUUGCCAGACAUUUUUUUACUUAUUAAAAAUAGGGAAAUGAAACCGAUUAAUUCAUUUUGCUAACAAUAAUCUUUAGGCAGAAGAUAAUAGACAUUAUUAAUAUUUUAGGAUAUAAACUAUAGUGAAAAUGAAAAAACAGAAGUUAUGUAAGAGUCAAUAAUGUAUGUUUGAUGUAGUGUAUUUAUGUACAUAUAUAUUUUGUUGUUAUAAAGAAAUUUUUAGUCUUGUAAAUAGAAACAAGUAGAGUGUGUUUCUUUAUGAUAAUCAUUUACUAUAUAUUUCUCAAUAAACUUCUGUUAGAAAAUUUUUUUACUGUCACGUGUUAGUGAGAAAAAAAUAACAACUCGAGUCAAUAUUUUUCUAUAGCACUUGUUUUUUUUUCAUAUAAUUAAUUUAUUUAUAUACAUAGGAAUGUUAUGCGCAAUAUUUUUUUUUUUUUUAAUAAUUAUUACUGCAUCAUUUACAAUAUUACUUUUCCGGAAUUUCCGUCUAAAUAUCAUUGUGAUUUUUUUUUUAUUUAUCUGUGCUUCAUCGUGCAAUAUAUUUUUGUUACGUAAUCACUCACACUUGUAUCAUUGUCUUAGCAGUAAAUAAAUUUUCAUAAU